AUGGUAUUUUCAGAUAUUGAUGAAUGCGCAUCAAAUCCAUGUCAACAUGGCGGAGUGUGUACAGAUGGAAUCUAUGGAUACAUUUGUACUUGUGAUUUGGGAUACACAGGCAAUAACUGUGAAGAAAAUUUUGAUGAAUGCAGUUCCAAUCCGUGUCAGCAUGGUGGUACAUGUACAGAUGUGAUAAAUGGAUACACUUGUAAUUGCUAUCCGGCAUAUCAAGGAACUCACUGUGCAGAGAAUAUUGAUGAAUGUGUUUCAAAUCCAUGUCAACAUGGCGGAAUGUGUACAGAUGAAAUCAAUGGAUACACUUGUACUUGUGACCCUGGAUAUGCCGGUGUUAACUGUGAAGAAAAUAUAAAUGAAUGCGCCUCAAGUCCCUGUCAACAUGGUGGUACAUCUACAGAUGGAAUCAAUGGAUAUAUUUGUACCUGUGUCACAGGAUACACGGGAGGUAACUGUGAAGAAAAUUUUGAUGAAUGCGGUUCUAAUCCAUGCCAGCAUGGUGGUACAUGUACAUGUAGAGAUUUGAUAAAUGGCUACACUUGUAAUUGCUAUCCGGCAUAUCAAGGAACUCACUGUGCAGAGAGCCUUGAACAAACUAUUUGUCACUUGGUUACAGACACCAUUUCAUGUGCCUUAAAUUCGGUUAUAACAGUAGCUAGUUCAACGUAUGGCAGAAAUGAUGGAACAACAUGCGCUGAUGGUCACGGCCCAUACUCCAGUGGUUUUCAUUGCACGAUGGACUCAACAGAUUGGGUCACACAAAGAUGUCAGGACCAGCAGACCUGUUCUAUUAAGCCAACAGACAUUGGUACUGACCCUUGCCCAAAUAAAUAUAAAUAUAUGACAGUUACGUACACAUGUUCAGAUAUUGAUGAAUGCGCAUCAAGUCCAUGUCAGCAUGGAGGAAUAUGUACAGAUAUAAUCAAUGGAUACAUGUGUACAUGUGUGCACGGAUACACGGGAAAUAACUGUGAAGAAAGUGAGUAUAUUGCCUAA